CCUUCAGUUCCUCCCGCCCACCAUGUUGGCUGCUGCUGCACCUCUCCGCCUCACCGCACGCACUCGGACUGUCGCCAGACAUACCUCAUCUCGUGCGCUCCAGCUCAAGCGAACAUGGGGCGCAACCCAGCAGGAACGAUUCAGAACGUUGGGCGUGAUGCAGAACUCAUCGCUGGCGGCCUCCAGGCAGGCCUACAUCGAACCACUCACCACGCACGAGGGUAUCUCUUGCAUCAAUCUGAACCGACCGCAGGCGAAGAAUGCUAUAUCAACGACUUUGCUGCAUGAACUACGCCAAUGCUUGGAAGAGCUUCGGUUCGACAAUAGUGUGCGCACCGUCAUCCUGCGUUCCUCCACCGUCGGCUCUUUCUGUGCCGGUGCGGACCUUGCAGAGCGUCGGACAAUGUCCCAAGCUCAGGUCAACAAAUUCCUCGCGGACCUACGAGAUGCUUUGGGGUGUCUAGAGAACCUGCCCAUGCCGGUUCUCGCUGCCAUUGAUGGUCCGGCGCUCGGUGGUGGCCUCGAGAUGGCACUGGCGUGCGACUUGAGGGUGGCAGGACGCGAUGUGACUAAGAUUGGUUUGCCCGAGACUGGGCUGGGUAUCAUACCUGGUGCAGGGGGCACGCAGCGAGCGACGCGAUUGCUGGGCGUGGCGAAAGCGAAGGACUUGAUCUUCACCGCACGCGUACUGAGCGCGUCCGAAGCAUUAGAAUAUGGCGUCGUGGACUACAUCUCCGAUUCGGGGUCAACAGGCUUCGACCGCGCGCUGCAGCUCGCGGAGAAGAUCGCGUCAAAUGCUCCUCUGGCCCUUCGUGCGGCUAAACAGACGAUAUCGAGGGCUGUCGAUCUGCCGCUGGAAUCAGGACUUGACUUCGAGCGAGCAUGUUACGAGGGUCUGCUUCACAGCAAAGACCGUCUGGAGGCUCUAGCAGCGUUCAAGGAGAAGCGGAAGCCGGUGUUUAAGGGGGAGUAAGUACAACUUCAACGAGUUGUUUGUGAGUAUGGCAGCAAUGAAGUUCAACUUGAUCACGGGA